AUGAUUGACGGGAUUGCUGGACACAGCGCGGUCACGCACGGCGCAGAGAACGUCAACUUUCCUGUCGCGACCGGCCUGGCCCUGGUAGAGACCGACCUGAAGCGGACCCAAAUCCCAUCCAUCCCCUUGGACCCGCCAAUGCAGCGGGUACCCCGUCUGUCGGGAAAAGCAAUCAUGCAGGAUGGACGCCGAUCGCUCGCAGAGUGGGAUCCAGGACGGGAUCGAAAGACGCAAGAGGUCCCAGCUGGGGAUGUCUCCUGCAACAGAGCUGAGAUCUGGAUACUGUCCCGUGUCUCCGGAUCCACUGACGAACAGGAUAACCCGGAGCCACGGCCGCAUCAUCUCCCUUACAGUGACGGUGCGACCUAG